AAGCGAAGGCAGUGAGCAGCCGGAGGUCGACGUCAAGAGGGGCCAGUCCACCCGCCGACCUGACGUGCGUCUUUAGCCAUUUCAGGCCGAAGCUGAUCUCCUGAUAAGCAAGCACGGUACACGAGAAUCGGAGAUGUAUAAGUAGGCGACAUCUGCUGCUCUCGGGUCAAUUCUCCAGUGAUCGCUGAGACGCUCCAGCUCAAGCAAGCGUCUACCUCUCGGUGGGCUGUUUGGAACUUGGAACCUGGAGCAUGGAGGACGGCGCUGCUACUACUGCUGCGACGAGCAUGGCUGAGAAGCAUGCGGCCGUGCCUAUGGCGGCGAUGACGAACGGCGCCGGCGAGGAGAACAAGGUGGAGGAUCUGCCGGAGCCUGCAUUGCCCAGCGGGCCGAGGAAGACGGGGCUUUAUCUUUUCAUCAUGAACAUCAGGAGUGUCUUCAAGCUCGAUGAGCUUGGAUCGGAGGUAUUGCGCAUUGCGGUGCCUGCCUCGCUCGCUUUGGCGGCCGAUCCGCUCGCUUCGUUGGUGGACACAGCGUUCAUCGGUCGUUUAGGUUCGGUGGAGAUUGCUGCUGUUGGUGUCUCAAUUGCCAUAUUUAACCAAGUAUCGAAAGUCUGUAUCUACCCCCUUGUUAGCGUGACAACAUCAUUUGUGGCAGAGGAGGAUGCUAUCAUUAGCAAAGCUAUUGAAGAAAACAGCAGCCAAGACCUAGAGAAAUCUUAUCAUGUAGACUCAGAAACCAACAAUUUGCCUGUUUCUGGUCCUGACAAGGCAGAAUGCGUCAAAUCAUGUAUCCCCACAGAGUGUCCAGAUCUCUCCAACCAAGGGUGCAAGAGGAAGUACAUACCUUCGGUCACAUCAGCACUAAUAGUUGGUUCAAUUCUUGGCCUUCUUCAGGCCAUCUUCCUGAUUUUUUCAGCAAAAUUUGUACUAAAUAUCAUGGGUGUGAAAUCUGAUUCACCAAUGCGAAGGCCUGCAGUUCGCUACCUAACAAUAAGAUCACUUGGUGCCCCUGCUGUGCUGCUGUCUCUGUCCAUGCAAGGGGUUUUCCGGGGUUUCAAGGACACAAGAACACCGUUAUAUGCUACUGUGGUCGGAGAUGCAGCAAAUAUCAUACUAGACCCAAUUUUGAUGUUUGUUUGUCAUAUGGGUGUCACUGGCGCAGCUGUUGCUCAUGUUGUUUCUCAGUACCUGAUAACAUUGAUACUGUUGUGUCGGCUCCUCAGUCAAGUUGAUGUUAUCCCACCUAGCAUUAAAUCCCUGAAAUUUGGACGGUUUCUUGGAUGUGGAUUCCUACUGCUUGCAAGGGUUGUAGCAGUGACGUUCUGCGUCACCUUGGCAGCGUCGCUGGCUGCUCGCCAUGGAUCAACCAUCAUGGCAGGAUUCCAGAUCUGCUGCCAGCUCUGGCUUGCCACAUCUCUUCUUGCAGAUGGACUGGCUGUGGCAGGACAGGCAGUGCUUGCAAGUGCGUUUGCCGAGAAUGACAAUAAGAAGGUGGUCGCCGCGGCAUCUCGUGUGUUGCAGCUGAGCAUUGUUCUGGGCAUGAUUCUCACUGUCGUGCUGGGACUUGGUAUGAGGUUUGGGGCUGGCAUUUUCACAAAGGACCUGCCCGUGAUCGAAGUCAUUCACAAAGGCAUCCCAUUUGUCGCCGGCACGCAGACGAUCAAUUCCCUGGCCUUCGUAUUCGAUGGCAUCAACUUUGGAGCAUCAGAUUACACAUACUCUGCAUACUCCAUGGUUGGCGUAGCGGCUGUAUCAAUACCAUGCCUGGUGUACCUGUCUGGGCAUGACGGAUUCAUCGGUAUAUGGAUCGCAUUGACGAUCUACAUGAACCUGAGGACCAUAGCUAGCAUCUGGAGGAUGGGGGCAGCAAGGGGACCAUGGACGUUUCUCCGAAAGUGAUGGAUUGGCUUCAAAGAUUUAUGAUCUGCGGCACAUUUUGCUGAUGGAUAGCCGUGCAAGCGCCUCUCAUGUAAAAUCAGAUCAGCAUAGUAUAGUAUGUGUUGUGUUAUUGUUUCGGCUUCGGAUAACCGAAGUUAGAUGGAGCUAUUGCUUCUCGACCGUCUGACUUGUGGGGAGAGUUUACAUUAUUGUAUUUCCCCCUUUUUGUUUUAUGGUUGCAAGAUCGUAUAUUUAUUUUUAUUAUUUGAGGUACUGCAAGAACUGUAUUGGAGAUACUGCAAGAA